AAUACUGUUUUCCUACCCAACGCAACGUCUGCAUAUCGUUAUUAAGGGAGUGAUAGAGCAUAAAUGGGACGUGUACUUCUAAAGGUUAUCAUCUUGGGAGACAGCGGGGUUGGGAAGACUUCACUCAUGAAUCAAUACGUCAACAAACGGUUUAGCACCCAGUAUAAAGCAACUAUUGGUGCUGACUUUUUGACGAAAGAAGUUGUGGUAGAUGAUCGACUUGUUACCAUGCAGCUAUGGGAUACAGCUGGUCAGGAACGUUUCCAAUCUCUUGGUGUGGCGUUCUAUCGUGGAGCAGAUUGCUGUGUUUUAGUGUAUGAUGUUAACAGCGCCAAGUCCUUUGAGACAUUAGACAGUUGGCGUGACGAAUUCCUUAUCCAAGCUAGUCCUCACGACCCGGAAAGUUUUCCUUUUGUGGUCCUUGGAAACAAGAUCGAUGUAGAAGAAAACAAAAGACAGGUCACCCAGAAGCGUGCUAUGACAUGGUGCCAAUCGAAAGGCAAUAUACCUUAUUUUGAAACUUCCGCGAAGGAAGCUAUAAAUGUUGAACAAGCUUUCCAAACUGUAGCGAAAAACGCGCUGCAGCAAGAAACUGAAGAACAAUUGUAUGUGGACUAUCCUGAUCCUAUACAGAUUGACCGGGAGAGCACACAAAGUUAUGGAUGUAACUGUUAAUUCAUGCAUCUUUCUAUUUACCCUGAUACGUUAAACACUUGAUCCAAAACCUGCUGAGAAGUCAUUGAAUCCAAGUUUCAGCUGUGUUUACAGUACUGAGGGAAUUUGCAAUCGAGACGUUAGGCCUUAUCAUGGAACCCUCGAGUAUUGCCAGCCUUUCUCUCGCCUGGUAAAAGAGCACAUUGAGGAAAUUAAUCUCGUCCAUGACCAUCUAUGGUGCGGUUCACUUAGAGGCCGCUACAUUUGUCCAGGCGCUAAAUCGACGAAGUUGGAUGUAACCCUAACCCUAUAUUGAGGCACUAACCGUAG